AUGGAUAGCAGCCAAAAACCUCAACUGGACAUAAUGAGCCUCAAGGCCAUACUAAACGACCCUACAGACCAUACGUUAGAGGAUCACAAUCCAGGACACGACUUUGAAAAGUGUGGUGCAUAUAAAAACGAGCGGAUAUAUCAUUGGUGUGGGAGACUGGUUAACGUGCUCCCAUUUGAUGAUCAGGAACAAGACCGCCAGGAUUUUCUUCACAAAGUAUUUUCUGUUGCAAUGCGAUCCAACGACCUAAUCCAUGUACCGCACCCUAAAAAUGGCCGAUUCCUUGACCUGGGAUGCGGAACCGGCAUUUGGGCAAUUGACGUUGCGGAGAAAUUGCCCGAUGCACUUGUUGUGGGCGUCGAUAUCGUACCUAUGCAGCCAAUUAACAAACCUCACAACUGUCAAUUCUAUUCUCCUUUUGACUUCGAGCUUCCAUGGUCGCUUGGAGAGGGUACCUGGGAUGUUAUCCACUUGCGAAUGGGUUGCGGUGCCGUUGUGAGUUGGCGCAGCCUGUACCGUAUGGUGCUUACUCAUCUCCGCCAUGGCGCCUGGUUCGAACAGAUCGAGAUUGACUUUGAGCCACGAUAUGCGAACUGCAAUGUGCAUUUCUCCGCUCUGCACUGCUGGUACCAGAGCAUAAAACAGGCAACGGAGAAGGCCAUGCGGCCGCUGGCACACCAUCCUAGAGAAACCACAAGUCUGCUGCGAGAGUCUGGGUUUGUCGAUGUAAGCCACCAUCAGAUCAUGUUGCCCCUGGGCCAGUGGCACCAGAAUCUCCAUGAGCGGCAAGUUGGUCGAUGGUACGGCGUUGGGUUUUCCGAAAGUAUCAAGCCUCUCAGUGUCGCCCCGUUUAGUCGCAUACUCGGCUGGGAGCCUGAUAGGAUCCAACGAAUUCUUGGCGAUACCAGGUUGGAAGCCUGCAGCAGGGAUAUUCCAAAUUUCCACGUACUGCACAUAUAUCGGGCAAGAAGACCUUUCUGA